GUCCCCCCCAUUUUGGGAUCUCAAUUCUCACGGCACUUCCCGUUUCUAGCUUCAGGAUAUCAGAGGGGUUCUUGCUUAUUGGAUUUGGUGAAUUCGGUCUCCCUUGUUUGAUCCGUAAGUAUGAGGGUCACUGUAGUAUCAAGGAGUGGCAGAGAGAUCGUCAAAGGAGGUGUUGAGCUUCCUGGUUCGGCUACUGUGGCCGAUCUGCAGGAGGCAAUUCAUAAACGAACUAAAAAAUUCUACCCUUCAAGACAAAGAUUAACCCUCCCACUUCCUCCGGGAUCAAAGGAGAGGCCUGUUGUUCUCAACUACAAGAAACGUCUCGAAGACUACUGUGAUGGGAACCAGGAAACUAUAACUGUGGUCUUCAAGGACCUGGGUCCUCAAGUUUCCUACCGUACACUUUUCUUCUUUGAGUACUUGGGUCCACUAGUCCUCUAUCCUGUAUUCUACUACUUCCCUGUGUACCAAUUCUUUGGUUACAAAGGGAAGCGCGUCAUCCACCCUGUUCAGACGUAUGCUUUAUACUACUGGUGUUUCCAUUACUUCAAACGGAUUAUGGAAACAUUUUUUGUCCACCGAUUCAGUCAUGCAACAUCCCCACUAUUAAAUGUCUUUCGAAAUUGUGCUUAUUACUGGACUUUUGGUUGUUACAUUGCUUACUAUGUGAACCACCCACUUUACACUCCUGUUAGUGACCUCCAGAUGAAGAUUGGAUUUGCGUUUGGGCUGAUUUGUCAAGUGUCAAACUUGUACUGCCAUCUCUUGCUGAAGAAUCUACGCAGCCCUGAUGGGAGUGGAGGGUAUCAAAUUCCACGUGGUUUUCUGUUUAAUAUUGUGACCUGUGCAAAUUACACAACAGAGAUCUAUCAAUGGUUGGGUUUCAAUAUUGCAACACAAACCAUCGCUGGUUAUAUAUUUCUUGUGGUUGCAACUCUUAUCAUGACCAAUUGGGCCCUUGCAAAGCACCGACGUCUGAAAAAGCUGUUUGAUGGAAAGGAUGGAAGGCCAAAGUAUCCUCGCAGAUGGUUAAUCCUGCCCCCAUUCCUGUAGAAUCUAGCUGCUUUGGACCUGCUUCCUGUUGGUCUCUGUAGUUUGAAGUUUCAGAUUCAGAAGGAAAAGUUGAAGCUGUAAUCGAUUUCAGAUAUGAACUUGUUCAUUUACCAUAUUCCUCCAAUUAGUUGUCUUCUGUUCAAACAAUGUAAGCUGUUUGCCUCUGACAAGGAAGAAGGAUUAUCAUUUUCCUUGUCAUGAUCUUCUUAGAUGCAGAUGGACUUCUUCAUUAUCUUCUUACUUCAUUGUCUCCUCUUAAAACUUCCAUGCAUUGGCAUCAUUUAUCUCUCCAUCCACCUGGAAUUGCUUGGAACUUGGUUGUCUACUUCAGAUUUUCAACAUCAAUUUUUUUAAGUGUUAAAUGGCUGGCUUUAUUAAGAUGUUUGAUUGUUGACAACUAUUCUGGGUUGGAACUUGAAAAAUAUCAUCUAUUUUGCUUCAAAGGAAUGUACUCUAACAUAAUACUGA